UUUCAAACCAAAGUAAACGCUGUUAUAACAUUUUAUUUCCAAUAUUCGAUUUUUAAUGUUUUUUUUUUCUUACCUUGUCUUUCUAAUCCUCGGCGAUUGUCUUGUCGGAAAUUUUCCACUUUUCUUCCAAAUCCGACCCACUUCACUUUGGAUCCGACCCAUUUUCCACUCUCACUCAAUCUUCAACCUUUACCGAAAACCCAUCUCAAAUCUCAUUGUGAAAAGUUAGAUUCAGCUUAGUUUUUUGCUUCAGCUUCAAAGUACACGUGGCGAUCUGGGUCUUCUUCAAAUCUCAAAGACAUGGAAAUGAGGUGGGGUAUAUGAUAUUGGAAACGAUGUUGGGUUGGUCAUAGCUUCUUUUUCAAGAGCUGUUCAGUUUUGAAGUGAUCUGGUUCCUACAUGGAAGCAAAUAAAGAGGAAGCACUUAAGGCAAUUGAGAAUGCCGAGAAGAGAUUUUCUCAAAGAGAUUUUGCAGGAGCGAAAAACUAUGCUUUGAAGGCUAAAGAGCUUUGUCCUGAGUUGGAGGGUAUAUCUCAAAUGGUGUCAACAUUUGAUGUUCAUAUUGCUUCUGAGUUCAGACAUAAUGGCGAAGUAGAUUAUUAUUCGGUUCUCGGACUAAAACCUACUGCGGAUAAAGAGGCUGUCAAAAGACAGUAUAAGAAGUUGGCAGUGUUGCUUCAUCCAGAUAAGAACAAAUGUGUUGGAGCUGAUGGUGCAUUUAAGCUUGUUUCUGAGGCGUGGACUUGGCUCGACAAUUCCAUGCGCAGUUCUUACAAUCUCAAGAGAAAAUAUUCUUCUUUUCAUGCUCCAGGUUAUAACAAAUGUUCCAAUUUGCCGGCCUCACGUAGUAAACUUGACACCUUUUGGACAAUCUGUACCGCUUGUAAGGUCCAGUAUGAAUAUCUGCGCAAGUAUGUGAAUAAAAAGCUCUCUUGCAAGAACUGUCGUGGCACUUUUGUUGCUGUAGAAACUGGGGCAGCCCCAGCAAAUGGUUCGUUUCCUUAUAGUCCUUUGCCAUAUGUGCCAGGAAAUGGUUAUGGAAAUCAUUCAUUUGACGGGGUUACGUAUGUUCCAACUAAUGCUGCCUAUUUUAAUGGGAAUGGGGUCACAGGAUACCAUUCUGGACACGGUUACGAUUAUGUUUCAAAUGUUUCGUUUCAGCUGGGAUCUGCAGGACUUAUCCAUCAAAAUGGAUCGGCGACUACCUUACCUGCUGAUUCUGUUUAUCGGGUCAAUGGAAAUGCGAAGAGGGGAAGACCAAAGGUCAAAUCAGGAGCCAAUGGAAGGCCUCCAAUGGCAGAGACUGUCGUUAAUAUAAACUCACAUGUAUUGUUCUCCUGUAAUAAACCACAGGAAGUUAUGCCAGAUAGACCUUACAAGAAACGUAAAGUUACGGUGGGAGCCAGUUUCAGAAAUGGUUAUGAUGCAAAAGGGUCAAAAUGUGCUUUAGAAGCAGUAGUGCCGAAAGGAAAUGACAACAUUGGACCAGGCCAGAAGGUUGUCGUCAAAAAUGAAGUUCAAACCAAACACUGUUUCAUGCCACCUGCAUUUGACGCGAGAAAAUUAUUGAUCGAGAAGGCCAGGACAGUUAUUAGGAAGAAACUGGAAGAGAUAAAGUUAUCAUCUGAAGCUGCAACUCUGAAAGAAAAAGAAAAGGCACAAGUUGAUGUGUGUCAAGUCAAAAGAGAGACAUGUAGGAAAGCAUCUUUGAAUGUUUCAGGUCUUCAAUUGGAGCCACACGGGAAAGCUGGUCCGAUCUCAAUAACUGUCCCAGAUUCUGACUUUCACGACUUCGAUAAAGAUAGGACAGAGGAAUGUUUCAAGCCAAAGCAAAUAUGGGCCUUAUAUGAUGAAGAAGACGGAAUGCCGCGAUUGUAUUGUCUGAUCCGCGAGGUUAUAUCUGUUAAUCCAUUUAAGAUUCAUAUCAGUUACCUGAGUUCCAAAACAGAUAGCGAAUUUGGCUCAGUAAACUGGCUUGAAUCAGGUUUUACCAAAUCUUGCGGAAAUUUCAGGGCUUGGACUUCAGAUAUUGUUGACCAAGUUAACGUAUUUUCCCAUGUCCUUGGCCGCGAGAAAGCUGGUCGAGGUGGUUGUGUUCGUAUUUAUCCGAGAAGUGGAGAUAUUUGGGCUGUUUAUCGAAACUGGUCACCCGAUUGGAACCAAUCUACACCGGACAACGUAAGGCAUGAAUAUGACAUGGUAGAGGUGCUGUAUGAUUACUCUGAGGACCUUGGUGUAUGUGUUACUCCACUUAUUAAGUUAGCAGGAUUCAAAACAGUAUACAAAAGGAAUCCAGACCAAGGUGCUGAAAAAUGGAUACCAAGAAGAGAAAUGGUACGACUUUCGCACCAAGUUCCAUCUUGGUUGCUGAAAGGGGAGGAAACUAAUUUGCCUGAUCGGUGUUUUGACCUUGAUCCGGCUGCAACUCCAGACGGUCUUCUUCAUACAGCUGCUGCUAUGGAAGCAAAGGCUUUGUAGGUUAUAAAUUGAUGAAACAAUUAUUUGGAUUGCAAUUUUAGCAUUCAUGAUAUUUUAGAUUUAACAGUACACUUGGUUACAUACCAAUGUGAUGUGAGAUUAACAGAAAAUGUUUUAGGAGGGUGAUAUUUUGAUUUGUAACAUUUAUCUUAGACUUUAAGAUCUAAUGAUUGCUUGUUGCCAUGCUAGGUGUAACACUUAUUGUAAGACUUCAGGACACAUUGGCAUUGUAACUGCAUUUCUGACCAGUAUUUACUGGUAAAGAAUUGAUUCAAUCGAAGGCUGAAACCAAUUUUAAAUCUAAA